CAGAAAAUAGCCUUUUUAUGACUUGUGUAUUUGAAAAUUUCAUCUCUGUGCAUCAAAUAAAAAGUGACGUUUAGAAAUGGCCACUGCUAUGGAUGUUGAUGCCGAAGAAGUCGAAUUGCCUACAUCAAGUAGUUCCAAAGGUGAAAAGAAACGUUUCGAAGUGAAAAAGUGGAAUGCAGUAGCCUUAUGGGCAUGGGAUAUUGUGGUGGAUAAUUGUGCUAUCUGCAGGAAUCACAUAAUGGACUUGUGUAUUGAAUGUCAAGCAAAUCAGGCUUCUGCUACCAGCGAAGAAUGUACUGUGGCUUGGGGAGUAUGUAAUCACGCCUUUCACUUUCACUGCAUAUCUAGAUGGUUAAAAACAAGACAAGUAUGCCCUUUGGAUAAUAGAGAAUGGGAAUUUCAAAAGUAUGGACAUUAGGAUUAUAAUUUAUAAACAAUCAAUGAUUUGCGAAAAGAAAAUAUUUAUUAAUAAUUAUUAUAAUCAUCGAUUUCUUCAAUUAAACAAUUUUUGGUAGUUGUUUCUUUUGUGAUUACAGGGUGUAAUAUAUUGGGUCUAAGUUUUCAAA